AGAGGCCAAUUGUUUUCAAUUUGGAUUCUAAAGCUUCCAAUGUUUAAUCAUUUUUCGUUUGUUGCUUAAGGGCUUAUCUAGAACACAAAUAAUUUUUCUUUUUCGAGUUUAAAGAAUUUCCCCUUUUUUCCUUCUAGUUGUUUCUUCCAUUUGUUUCUUAUAUAUAUUUCAUCUAUAUGGAUAACUUUUGAUUGAAAUUUUUAAUGAGUUGUUGUAGACGUCAAAAGCCACAAUCGAAAUAAAAGAAUUCGGAGUAGAUAUAUCUAAAGAUGGUGGAUCCAACCCGACCUUGUCCGUAAAGUUGCUUCUUUUACCCAUUAUUGCUCACUUCGGUGCUACAGAGGUUGUUUGUGGUCAAUUAACUAGCUCAGGUGAUGUGGGUAGCAAUCAUAGAUACCGAACACAUGAUGUUCCUUUCCUUUGGGAAGAGUUUUUUUUCUCGUGUGAGUUAGGUCAUGUAAGGGAUGCAGGUGUAACUGUUAAGAAUGUGGAAGUUAAGACUGGUGACAUAAUAGUAAAUUUGAAUGACAAGAUGUUUCUUAAAAAUAAGAGCUCAUCUGACACUUCUUCUCAUGCCGAUGAAGCUAAUAUUGAUUCCACUACUACCAAAAUACCAAAGAAAAAGCAAUCCCCAGAUGUGGCUAUCAUGAAGAUGACAUCUUUGUUUCCCGAAAAGGUUUCCUUCAAUUUACCAAAAUUGGAUAUUAAGUUUGAGCAUGGAGGGUGUAAUUUUAUGGCAAAAAAUAAUAUAUCGGGUAUUCAACUUAAAAGCACCAAAUCUAGAUAUAUUGAAGAUGCGGGCGAGAGUACUCGCAUUGAUAUUCAACUGGGUUUCAGGGAGAUUCACGUUAUUAGAGAGGAUGAUGUUUCAGUUGUGGAGAUUCCAAAACUUGAUAUUAUUUCUUCAAUUAAUGUUCCGCUACAGCCUACUUCGCCCAUCAGAGUUGGAGUUGAUGUCAAUCUAGGAGAUAUACGAUGCAAUCUUGUUAUGAGUAGAUUAAAGCCAUUGAUGCAACUUAAGACAUCAAAAAAGAAGAAUACGGUUAUCCGCGAGGAAACUUCUAAAACUCCUCCUAUUGUUGAAAACUCACAGUCCAACCAAUCGAAACCCAUCAUGUGGACUUGCACUUUAUCUGGCCCAGAAAUGACUAUUGUGAUUUAUAAUCUGAAUGGUUUGCCAGUUUAUCGUGGUUGCUGUCAGUCAUCACAUAUCCUUGCAAACAACAAAUCAAAUACUGGCACUUGCGCUCACAUGGAACUUGGUGAAAUAAAUUUGCACAUGGCGGAUGAAUAUCAGGAAUUCUUGAAAGAAAGCCUAAUUGGUGUGGAAACCAACAGAGGUUUAUUAAUGCAUAUUGCAAAGAUAAGCCUUGAGUUGGGGGGAAAAAGUAUGGACCAAGACGGCCCUAAGUCAAUAAUGGUUCUCUCUGUUGAUCUUACUGGUAUGGGUAUUUACUUGACGCUUAAACGUAUCGAGCCAUUGAUAUCAAUUCUGUUGUCGUUUAAGUCUUCGACGAAAAGCAAGCAGCCUUCUAGUAACAAGCCAGUUCAGAGUGGAGGGCAUUCCAGCAAACCAUCAGGGAAAGGGAUCCGAAUUAUAAAAUUUAACAUGGAUAGGUGUUUUGUUAUAUUCUGCAGUGAUGUUAGCGUGGACAACACAUUUGUUGCAGACCCAAAACGUGUCAACUACGGAUCACAAGGGGGUAUAGUAACCAUUAGUGAAUCAGCUGAUGGCACAACGCGUACUGCAAAGAUAAUGUCAACAAGCUCAGAUGAGGAGGACCUAACUGUGAAUUACUCUGUAUCUCUGGAGAUUAUUCGUUUCAGCCUUUCCGUGAAUAAGGAUAAGCAGUCUGUACAAAUAGAUCUUGAAAAAGCACAAUCCCUGUACCAAGAACAUAUGAGAGGCAACUUGUUAGGCACAAAGGUGGCUUUGCUAGAUAUGCUAAAUGUCAAGUUUGUACGGCGAUCUGGUGGCCUUAAAGAGAUCGAUAUUUGCUCCCUUUUCAGUGCAACAGAUAUAACAGUGAGGUGGGAGCCUGAUAUGCAUAUAGCUCUAUUUGAACUUAUGCUACGCAUGAAGCUACUAGUACAAAAUCAAACAAUCCAGGAACAUGAUGACUCUGGGGUAGUGCAAGGCAGCGAGAUUGAGCAUAAGAAAGAAACCUCGACAGAUGUACAAUCUGAUAAGCAGAAGAAGAAAAAAGAAUCUGUGUUUGCUAUUGACGUGCAAAUGCUUAGUAUAUAUGCAGAAGCUGGAGACGGUGUUGAUUGCAUGGUUCAGGUGCAGUCUAUUUUUUCUGAGAAUGCUAGCAUAGGUGUACUUCUCGAAGGACUAUUACUCAAGUUCAAUGAUGCUAGAAUCUUUUCUAGUAGUAGAAUGCAGGUUUCUCGUGUUCCAGUAGCUAAAACUGGUACACCUAAAAAACAAUCCGAGGCAUCUACUACAUGGGAUUGGGUAGUACAAGCCCUUGAUGUCCAUGUUUGCUUGCCCUUUAGGUUGGAGUUGCGUGCCAUUGAUGAUGCGGUAGAGGAAAUGUUGCGAGCUUUAAAACUCAUAACUGCUGCUAAAACAAACAUGCUAUUUCCGAAAAAGAAGGAAAGUGUAAAGCCUAAAAAGCCUAGCUCGUCAAAAUUUGGAUGUGUAAGGCUUUGCAUACGGAAGUUAAGCAUUGACAUCGAGGAAGAACCACUACAGGGUUGGCUUGAUGAACACUAUCAUCUAAUGAAGACUGAGGCCCGUGAAUUAGCUGUAAGAUUGAACUUUUUUGAUGAAGUAAUUUCCGGGGGAAGCCAAUCUCCUGGUACAGAUAACUCAAGUAAUCCUAUUUCUGAUGAAAAGAUGAAUUUUAAAGGAGAGGAUAUUGAUUUGCAAGAUACUUCAGCUAUUCUAAAAAUGCGGCAUGAGAUAUACAAGAAUUCAUUCAACUCCUAUUAUAAGGCAUGUCAGAAGCUUGUAAUAUCAGAAGGAUCAGGUGCCUGUAAAGUAGGAUUUCAAUCUGGAUUUAAGCCCAGCACUUGUCGAACAUCCCUUUUCUCCAUUUCUGCUACUGACCUUGAUGUAAGCUUGACAAAAAUUCAAGGGGGGGAGACUGGGAUGAUAGAGCAGAUACAGAAGCUUGAUCCUGUCAGUCGAAAAUAUAAUAUACCAUUCUCUCGAAUGUAUGGGUGUAAUAUUCUUUUGCGCACUGCGUCUCUUUCUGUUCAGAUAAGAAAUUAUACCUAUCCGCUUCUCAGUGCGACUUCUGGUAGAUGUGAAGGUCGACUUGUACUGGCGCAGCAGGCAACAUGCUUUCAGGCCCAAGUGACGCAAGAUGUCUACGUUGGGAGAUGGAGGAAGGUCUGCAUGCUUCGUUCGGCUAGUGGGACAACUCCCCCAAUGAAAACAUAUCUGGACUUGCCCUUACAUUUUCAAAAAGGACAAGUUUCUUAUGGUGUGGGUUACGAACCUUCUUUCACUGAUUUAAGCUAUGCGUUUACGGUUGCUCUUCGGAGGGCUAAUCUAAGUGUAAGAAAUCCUAAUCCUCCUGUUCAACCACCAAAAAAGGAGAAAAGCUUACCAUGGUGGGAUGAGAUGAGAAAUUAUGUUCACGGAAAAACGAGUUUGAGCUUCUCAGAAACAAGCUGGAAUAUUCUGGCUACAACUGAUCCUUAUGAAAAGAGCGAAAAGCUGCAACUUGUAACUGAUCUAAUGGAAAUUCACCAAACCGAUGGUCGAAUAAAUGUCUCUUCAAAGGGCUUUAAGGUUAUGAUGAGCAGCUUGGAGAGUUUGCUAAACAAUAGGGGUUUAAAGCCUCCAACUGGAACUCCAACUUGCUUUUUAGAAGCUCCGGCCUUUAGCCUAGAAGUUACAAUGGACUGGGACUGUGAAUCUGGGGAACCCUUGAACCAUUUUUUGUUUGCACUUCCCAAUGAGGGGGUGGCUCGAGAAUUUAUUUAUGACCCCUUUAGAUCGAUUUCUCUUUCGCUGAGGUGGAAUUUGUCACUUCAACCGUGCUUACCAUCUUCUCAGAAUCAAUCGAGAUCCUCAACAUUGGGAGAAAAUAAUUCUGUUGAUGGAGCUGCUUCUGAUUCACCAAAUAAAGCUAAAAAUGCUUCAGUUGAUUCACCAACCAUAACUGCUGGUUCACAUGAUUUUUCAUGGUUAUUAAAGUUCUGGAACUUAAACUACCUUCCUCCUCAAAAAUUGCGUUAUUUCUCUCGUUGGCCACGUUUCGGAGUUCCAAGAAUUCCUAGAUCAGGCAAUCUGUCAUUAGACAGGGUGAUAACAGAAUUUAUGUUUCGCAUUGAUUCAUCUCCAACCUGUCUGAGGCAUUUGCCUUUAGAUGAAGAUGACCCAGCAAAAGGAUUGACCUUUAAGAUGUCAAAACUUAAAUUUGAACUCUGCUUCGGUCGGGGUAGGCAAAAAUUUACAUUUGACUGCAAGCGAGAUCUUCUUGAAAUUGUUUACCUGGGCUUAGAUCUUCAGACGCUUAAGGUUUAUAUAAAUAGAGAAGACUGCCCAACUGUAGCUAAACUAUUGAAACUGACAAGGAAAAGCUCACAGUCUGCUACUGUGGUGAAAGGAAGUUCAGAAAGACAUCGCGAUGAUGGAUUUUUCCUAUCAUCUGAUAAUUUUACAGUCAGAAAGCAAUCCCAGAAAGCUGAUCCUGAAAGGUUAUUAUCCUGGCAAGAAGCUGGCAAAAGAAAUUCUGAGAAGACAUCUGUCAGGUCUAAAAGUGAAAAAGGUAGCGAGAGUGAUGAGCAUACUCUGUCUGACCCGAGUGACGAUGAUGGGGACAAUGUAGUAAUAGCUGACAAUUGUCAGCGCAUUUUUGUUUAUGGCCUUAAGCUCUUGUGGUCACUCGAAAAUAGAGAUGCUAUUUGGUCCUGUUUCGGAGGAAAUGCUAAAGCCUUUCAACCUCCAAAACCUUCUCCCUCUAGACAGUACGCCCAGAGGAAGUUAGUAGAGAAUAAGGAAGAGACAAAAGCUGAAAUGCCCGAACACAAUGAUUCAAACCCACCUUCUGAUAGUCAAGAUGGAUCUUCAAUUUCUCUAAAACCCGUGGAAGAGCCAACUGGAUCACAUGCUUCUUCAUCAGAAUCAGCUACAGCAGAUAAAAAGCCAUUGGACACAGUUGUUAAGGAUCUGGUGUCGAAGAAUGAAAGUCUUGAUGACUCAGAGGAAGAGAGCCGUCACUUUAUGGUGAAUGUUGUUGAGCCACAAUUCAAUCUUCAUUCAGAAGACGCCAAUGGUAGAUUUCUCCUUGCUGCUGCUAGUGGUCGUGUUCUUGCUCGUUCAUUUCAUUCUGUCGUUCAACUUGGGAGUGAGAUGAUUGAGCAGGCAAUAGAAAGCAACAAUGUACAAAAAGUUGAAUCUAAGCCUGAGAUGACUUGGAAUCGCAUGGAGUUCUCUGUGAUGCUGGAGCAUGUUCAGGCUCAUGUUGCUCCCACUGAUGUUGAUCCAGGGGCUGGUAUUCAGUGGCUUCCGAAAAUUCGAGGGAGUUCACCAAAAGUAAAGCGUACCGGGGCUUUGCUUGAGAGGGUUUUCAUGCCUUGUGACAUGUAUUUCCGGUAUACUAGGCAUAAGGGAGGAACCUCACACAUGAAGGCAUAUCUCUUAGUUUAACUGGUUAUGUUAUAAAAAU